AUGGAUAAUGUUCUUGCUCAUGAUGCCGCCAAUAAUGCCAGGAGCCCAGAUCUUCUUAUGUCUCCAGAGAUAGAGCUAGAGAUUCAGAACUGGCAAAAGUCUGGAAAUCCUCCUUUCCCUGAGCUACAGCUUAGCACUCGAGCUUAUUGGUAUAAGUUCUCUCGCACGGAUCUUCGACUCAUCCACCAUAUUGCGGGUUUGUCCAUCGACCUACACCGAAGAGGCUACAGUAACUGCACUGUAUGGGCCCAGAAGAUGCCCAUCUUCCUUACUAUUGCCUUGUCCAAUGACUUUGUUAUGAGUUCUAUUCUGGCAUUAUCUGCUUCACACAUUGCUUGGAUGACCCAGAAUCAAGACACUGAAAAUCUUGCCUAUCAUCAUCGAGGUGUUGCUAUCAAGGGCCUUCAAGAGGCAAUUAGCUCAUUCUCACGCGAAAACUCGGAUGCUAUUCUUGCAUCAUCCUUGCUCUUGUCAUGGCAAUCCACUGAAUGCUCAUACCCCUAUACCUCUCCCUUGAUAGGGGCCUUUUUUAACCAUUUAUUAUUUCAACAGGUCUUGAACUCGAUGGAACCAUGGUGGAAGGAAGAAUCUGAACUGGCCAGAUUUAUGGAUGGUCAACGAGCUUUUCGAAGUGCCCGAACUCCCUUAACGCCAACCUACCCAGGCAGCAUGGGCCAUUUUCCAAACGAAGAUAUCAUGAGACUGGAUAGAGUUAUUGUCAAUCUACAGAAUAUCCAUCAGCGAAUUUCUCAUAACCAAGAACACUUCCGCAGGAUAACGGACUUGCUUGCCUUCACUCAAAGGUUGCGAGAUGAACUACCUGUUCAGUCUCCGGAGAAGGCCUUCGAGAGGCUCCAGCCCCUGCGUAUCUGGCUCUUUUGGCUCCCUUCGGCAAUGUUGCGAGGUGGCGAAACUGAUCUCGGAGCUCUUUCCGUGCUCUCUCAGUUCUUCGGCGUUGCCCUUGCGCUGGAGCCACUCUUCCCAGAGUUUGGCGGUUCAUACCUUGGCUCCAUGGCGGUCAACCCAAUCGAGGAGAUCAGACGCAUUCUAUACCAUAGACGUGCGGCGAACCCAUUUGCACCUGAGAUACAACUCGCUCUCAGCUUGAUGGAUCUUCCAGCAGAAACUGUAGCCGAGUACCGCAGUCGUCUCCAGUGGUCACCAAGAUCAUCCUUCGACGGAUAUCCUACAGGAUCACAUAGCCCAUAUCACCAUGCGCUUCCAACUCCCCAUUUGCCUCACCUCCCAGCUACAUCUGCGGCCAUAGUCAGCCCUACCACCACUGCCUACCCAGCAUAUACCACCUCACCUCUUCACUCGCCCAUGACUCCAGCCAUUGUCGGCUCACCAUACCAGAUGUCCAAUGCAAUGCUUCACUCAAGACGCCACUCUCAAGUAUAUCCAUCACCCACGCUUCACCACGAUCCGGUAGAGGAUCGUAUUCCCGAAUAUAAACAACCAGAACAGCCUGCGAUGUUUAAUCCAGCUUAUCUCGGAAAUCUUAUCAACGGGGGCCCGACAAUCGGGACGGAAUACCAUGAUUCUCCCCCAGUUACUGUGACAGGAGGGUUGGUCGCUCCGGAACUCUGCUGGACUUGA